AAAGCGUAACUAUGAAGUUGGCGUCUUCAAAGCACGUCUUUACCUUUUCGCUUUCUUUAUCUUAUAUCUUCCACUUUCUUCAUUGAACUCAAAUCACUCUGUGAACUCUUUUGCCGGAGAAAAUGGCCGAGUGUGAUUUGACUAGCCCAUUUCCUUCAACUCCUCAGCCACCUUCAUCACCACCACUGCCGGCCUUGCGGCCUUUUUCUGUACCCAUAACCCCUCAGAGAAACCCAGGAGAUGACUGCUUUAGCUGCAGAAGGAAAGGCCAUUGGGCCAAAGAAUGCCCCAACAAAACCCAAAAGAAAUCACAGUCCUCCAGUCCUGGAUCAACUUCCAUGGGUUCUUCUGGUUUGCCACUGAUUCGAUGUCCUUGUGGUCGAGGCACGUGUCCUGUCUUCACAUCCGGAACGCAGAAAAAUCCUGAGAGGAAGUUCUAUACCUGCCCUGGUGAUAAAUCAUCGGUCAAGUGUAAUUUUUUCAAAUGGUGCGAUGAAUUGGCUAAUAAAGCUCCUAUGUGCCCUUGUGGUGUCGGAAUUUGUAGUCUGAAUCUGAGUAGAGGAUCUACAGGCCCCAAUGGAGAAGAAUGGUACUUUGCUUGCCGGAUUAAGAAGAAUCAUGGAGCUUGUAAUUUCUUCCAGUGGGUAGAUUCUGAAGUAAAUACAAUGAUGAAAAGGUAUGUGGGGGCUGCAAUUAAUGACUUAGACAAUAAAGAGGUGAGUUCUAACAUAGUGUCAGAGUCACCUGUUGUCGAGGGUGAUGAAAAUACCCCAAAUCAGCCAAUCUUCGUUAUAUCUUCAGAGCAAGAUGAAGUUCCCAAUAGGGACCUCAUCAUGCAAGAGGUCGAGUCAGAGGUUCGACAUCAAGUUUUCCAUCCAAUCCAUCAAACAGAGAUUCAUUGCCUGAAAGAGUUAAGCAGGCAAAUUUCUGUCGCAGGGAGUAUCAUAACUCAAGCAUUGCUAUUCCGCAAUUUUGAGGUAAAAUUUCUUUCUUCUUUUUGCUGUUUGGUAGAUGUGGUUUAUCAGGUUUUAGGUUUUCAUGGCUAUGGUUGGUUGGAUCGGCUUGCUUUCCCUCCAUCUCGGUGCAUGAAAGGUCUUCCUGUCUUGCCUAUCUUUUGUUAUAAUGCUUCAAAUACUGAAACUGAUAUGCCACUGUCUCCAACUGCAGUGCGGGAUGCUCAGCUUCUAGGUGGUGCUUUGCAAGAGGCUUCAGGGCUCAAUGAGCCUUCUGGUAUAACACAGGACGAAUCAAAGUCCAUCUUGAAGGAAUAUGGGCUAGCUCUUCUAAAUACUAUCGAGUCUAUGAGUCCAGUCCGUCAUGGAGCAAUGGCAAAGUUGGCAGAAGCCACUUUGAAGAUGUUAAAGGAUCUUUCCAUUGAAUGUGGUCCCAUUGGAGAGGGGGUGAAGACAUAUAUUCACAGCAUAUCAAGAGUUGCCUCAAUUGAACGGUCUAUAUACAAAGGCCUCACCCCUCAAGAACUACUCAAGCUUUUGAACAGUGAGCAAGUUCAGUUCGAGAACAUUUCUCGUCGCCAUGCUGAGGCAGUGGCUGCUUACACUGCUUCAAAUAAUCACUUUCAGUCACUUCGCAAAGAAGUUUCAAGUGUCAAGGACAUGCUUCUUCAUCUUGAGAAACGAUUGUUUUCUUGUGAGGCAGAGACAUUGGCACUCAAAACUCGCGUGGAUGAAAUUUCUAAGGAUAUGUUAGAGUCAGAGAGAAGUAUGGAGGCUGCAUCUGAGAAGAUGGAAGAAGCUUUAGAACUGGAACGGCAGAGAGACACUGUGAUUGGUGAGGCAAAGGCAGCAUUGGAGACUGCAAGGUUUUGGCUGGAACAGUGAUAUAGUAAGUAAUGAUUCAGUAUCUGGUUAUCUAAACUAUUUAUGUAAAAUAAGUUUGUAUGUCAACUAUAUGCAGAAUAUGUUUACAUGUUAUGUAAAUUAUGCUGUGUUGUGAA